CCUAUGAAGCGCAUAGUCGCAGUUAGUUAGGGGCAUAUUCCAUGGCCAUGUCGCAGCGGAUGAGAAGGUUCUGCUUUCAGCUGCGUCUCAAGUCGACGCAAUUGUUCAUUUUGGCCGGUUCGGUGGUGUUGUCGCUGCUCGUGUCGCUGCUCUGCAUUGGCUUCACCAUACGCUACGAGGUGGAGCACGAGGUGGCCAAUGUGGGCGACGUGGACUACUGGAAGGAUGCGGUGUCCGCCGAGCAGAAGCUCUGGUACGACAAGGGCAUUGAGGAGCUCAAGUGGGCGCUGCGUGUGCACUCCAAGCGCAGCCAGCCCCAAGAUGUGUGGCUGCUAAUGAUCCACGGCAUUGAUGCGCCCGCCCUGGCGGCGGCACGUUUCAACGGCUCACAGCAUUCGGGCUACAUCUGGGAUCGAUUCCCGCAUGCGGCACGGCUGAAGAACAGCUGCAGCUACAGUUCGCCCUGCGAUGCGUCGGCUGUUUUCCGUGCCCUCUGGACGGGUGUGCCGCUGGCAGCUGCUCAGCGUGUGCGGAGCAACUGCAGCGCGGCGCCCGGCCAGCUGCACAGCGUGCUGCGCCAGGCCCAGCUGGCGGGCCUACGGACCGGCUUUGUGACCAAUCAACGUCUGACGGGCGCCAUGGGCGCCGCACUGUACGCGGAGGUGGAGCAAAGCAGCUGGGAAUGCGAUGGCCUGAUGCCGGUGGGUGCCAUUGAGUCCGGCUGCCAGGAUGUGGCCCAGCAGCUCAUCUCGGGUGCAACGGGGCAGGCGUUAAAUGUGCUGCUAGGCGGCGGCCGGCAGCUGUUCAAUGCCAAAGUGCCCACAUAUGCGUGGGAUCCGACGGAUGAGCUGCUGUGCCGCGCCAGAGCUGGACGCAAUUUGUUGCGCGAUUGGCGCAAUCAAAAACUGAAAAGCAAGCCCAUGCCACGCUUCGAGCUGGUGCAGCAUGAGCAGGAGCUCAGCUCCAUCAAUGGCAGCAGCCUGGACUAUCUGCUGGGCGUGCUUGCCAAUGGGGAUUUGAGCGCCAACUCCCGGGCGCCCACGCUGCAAUUGAUGCUAAAUCGAACGCUGCAGGUACUCAGGCGUCCGGGUGUGGGCCAUCUGUUAAUUGUGGAGCACUAUGUGCAGCCGCACAUGGUUGCCCGGCAGCAGCUGCAGCUGCUCAAUGCGACGCUGGCCCGUUUGAUGGGCCAAAAGGAUCUGCUGACAAUGGUGCUGCUCACAAAUGGCAAUUAUCUCAGCUCCAGUCGGGAUGUCAGCGGGGAAACGCAGCUGGUCAGCACUUUGGAGGAGUCUCUUCAAGGGCCCGAGCUGCAGUUGCAGCGCAGGCUGCAGCAGUUGCCAUCUGAGAGUCUGCUCUUUGCACAGGGACCCAAGUCCUUGCUCUUCUAUGGUGUGCACGACGAAACCUAUCUGGCUCAGGCUCUGUCCUAUGCCCUGGGCAUUGACGUUUUUGGCAGGCAGCUCUAGGCAGCAGCUAAGACAAACCUCACAACAAUUUGUGGUUCGCUGGUUCAGUUCACGGUUCGAACAAAUUCCUUGUUCUCGAGGUUCCCGGCCUGAACCUUGUCAUAUCUGUUAACUCAGGUUUUGUUUGAAUACCUUUAUUAAAAAUGAAAUUUCUUUUCUAGACAUCAUUUUAUUCUUUGAGCAAUUGUUUGUAGGAGAAGAAGCAGUAUGCAGAUGGAGGCAUUUCCGAUCCCAAACCUUUAUCAGGACAAUGAGCUGAGUCGAUCUGGGCAUAUAAGCCCCUCAGUCCGUCGGUCUGUCCGAUUGUCCAUUUUUCAUCCGAUAUGUUCUCCCACUUUAGAAAUAUACGUACAUAAAUAUAGAUUUGGCGCUUUGGUUUCUUCAGCACAACUGGAAAGGCAUAAAAGCUAGACAUGCUGUCUAGGGUCUUGUAUAGUGUAUCUACAGAUUAAAUAUAUUUUUUCAUUUUUAAUGCCUUCCCAUAAGUAAAUACCUAAAAUUUUUACAUUAGAGCUUUGCACUUUGGUAUAUAGUAUAUCUUUUCUUUGUAAGCUCUGUAUUAAAGCGCUGAAAAUUUGAUGAGGAUCGGACGCUAUGCACCGGAGUUAAUCAAGAAUGCAUUGCCUAUGCAGAGGACUUAUGGGAAGAAGAAGAAGAACAGGCUGUGACAUAACCGGAUCACUAACUAUGCUGCUUCUUUUUAAGUCAAAUCUUAUUUAGAUUGCAUUACUAUAUUAUAAAGCCCUAUGGAAAGAAUCGGUCGAAGAAGGAUUUUAUGCAUAGUAAAAUAGUUCUCACAUAUCAAGGGUAUUAAAUCUGCGGCGUGCCGUAGAUAUGCCGACUUUCAUUCAUAAUCUAUUUCCGAUGAGUUUCUCGUUUCUUUUGUUGUUUCAACCCAAU